AUGGAAAAAUUGCCCGACUGCUUGGAAAGGCCAAUAUCAAGGUCGAAGUGGGAAGGAUCACAUAACGACAUUAACGUCCUUCAUAGAUCACCGGUGUUCGAUGAUGUUCUGGAAGGUCGAGUACCAGAUUCCAACUUUGUGGUGAAUGAUAAUCAUUAUGAUAAGGUAUAUUAUCUCACAGAUGGUAUCUAUCCACAAUGGGCUACAUUCAUCCAGUCAAUAACUCUUCCCCAGACACCAAAAGAAAAAUUGUUUGCAAAACACCAAGAGGCUGCUAGAAAAGACGUUGAGCGUGCAUUUGGGGUGCUUCAAGCUCGAUUUGCAAUAAUUUGUAAGCCAUCGCUCGCAUGGAAUCGAGACGUUAUUAGAAAAAUCAUGAUGGCUUGUAUCAUUAUGCACAACAUAAUAGUUGAAGAUGAAAGAGACACAUAUGAUGGUUAUGAUAACCCGCAGGAAUUCAUGGAAGAUAAUUAUGCAAACAAACCGCAGAGGCGUGCAAGUAAGACCGGUAGAAGGAAGAAGUUAAAGCAAGCUGUAUGUUGA